UAUAAGUAUCCGAAUACUACCACUUUUUCUUCACACGAAACUUGCCUGAAAUACCUCUUUAAUCUAGUACUAAUUAUUACUUACCAUCUCAUAGCCAUGUUGGAAGGGAAAGCAGUUAUUGGAGAAACAGAUAUGUUGCAGACGAUGCAACAGGAUGCGCUUGUUUUAGCCGCCAAAGCACUCGAUGUUUUCGAUGUCACAGAGGCCACGGAGAUAGCCAGGUUUAUUAAAAAGGAAUUUGAUCGGUUACAUGGAGCUGGGUGGCAAUGCAUUGUGGGGACAGAUUUUGGGUCAUUUGUGACUCAUUGUUCUGGCUGUUUCAUCUAUUUUUGUGUAGGGAGUCUUGCCAUAUUGCUCUUUAAGGGCUCUACUGGUAUUGAUGCUGAGGCUAACCAAUUUGGAGCCUUGGAGUCUGUUAAAGCUUAAAAGUUUUUUUUUCUUUCUUUAUGUUAUGCUCUUCUUGUAACAACUUGUCCUUUUAGUAAAGAUUACAAGAAUAAAAAAAUAUAUAUAGUAUUAAAUCUAA